CGUGGCGAAUGUUUUUACUGCUUAUUUGGCUUCAUCAUUGAAGACGCGCGGCUGUUUGUUUUUCGAAGAUUCAUCAUGGCAAUGCAUGCAAAAGCGACACCACCACAGAUUCCCGACACACGUCGGGAACUCUCGGAGCUGGUCAAGAGGAAACAAGAACUUGCGGAGACGUUGGUGAACUUGGAGCGACAGAUCUAUGCAUUUGAGGGCAGCUACUUGGAAGAUACCCAGAUGUAUGGGAACAUCAUCAGAGGAUGGGACAGAUAUCUCACCAACCAAAAAAAUUCCAACAGCAAGACGGACAGAAGAAACCGAAAGUUCAAGGAGGCAGAGCGUCUGUUCAGCAAGUCCUCUGUCACUUCUGUAGCAGCUGUCUGUGCACUCGGUGGGAUACCAGAUCACAUGAAUGAAAAGCAGAGCGACACGUCCCCAGACCUCCAGAACCAGGAGAAUGAGCCCAGUCAGGAGGACACAGAGGAUGCAGAUGGGGCCCUGCAGGACCUCAAACCUCAGAAGGCUGCAUCCUCUUCUUCAGGCAGUCACCACGGAAGCCACAAGAAGAGGAAGAACAAAAACAGACACAGCCCUUCUGCCAUGUUUGAUUAUGACUUUGAGUCAAGUUCCCCUAAUCCAGUUAUGAAAAAAGCUGCUCUUCCUGCCAAAAUGAGAUGGGGAGGUCAAAGAUUUGACAUGAAAGUGAACAAAAAACCCAGAGUGGAUUAUUCGACUUGAUCAAGUGGCCAGACAAAGGUCUAUGGUGGAGCAGAGAGCCCCUCUGAACUUUAACUGUCUUUAUUGUGUACAUUGCAUGAAACAUUGCCUCUCACUUGCUAUCAGAAAUAUUUCUGUUUCACGAUUUUCCUGCAGACAAGGUGUGUUAUUGCAUGUUACUCAAGACGCAGGUGGGGGUUGGAUAACACCUUAUUGUAUAGGGUUGAAAAUGCACUAUUUAUUAUGUAACUCCCACCAUUUUUCUCUCUUUGUAACAAAAAGUUGUUUUACUUCGUAUUAGUCAUUGUGUAGUUUUGUAGCUCUAGAAUAUCCCAGCUUCUUUUUAAUCUUUUUUUUAUUUUGAGAUUUGUUUUGCAUAAGAUUGUAAUAAAACCUUGAAAUUACAA